AUGGAUGCUGCGUUUGAUUUUGAAAGUGCUGCCAGCAGUCCCAGCCCUCUGAAAUCCGACCAGGCAUUCAGCCUCAUCGGUGAGUUCCCGCUCUUCUUUUCUUGCUGCCGUUCUGAUCGUGCUCUACUGACACGUAGAAUACAGAUUAAUGGGUCAUCUUUCCUUCCUCGCAAUACCAAGGAGCCUUCGCCCUUCUCCGUUUCACGAAGCUUUAGUCAGGCCAAGUCGCCACUGGGUCCAUGGGGAGGCCAUUCACCUUCAUCACUUUUGGAAGAAAGCUUUGGUGGAAUUAACAUGAAUGGCGGUUCUCCGCUUACCCCGGGUCUUAAUUUCGGACCGAGUAGCUUCCCAUUUGGUGUCAACUACGCACCGUCACCUUCUCCAACUACCGUGAAGCAGGAGACGACGCAGCGUCACAUGCUAACCGUGCAUCCCACCUCCCUCAAAUCGCGCGUGGAAACCCAGAUUCCUAUCAGACUGACUCUCUUCCCGUUGCCGAAUGGUGUCAAAAAGUUGCGCUUGCCGAGCCACACUAUCUCGAAGCCGAAAUUUCUGGCGCCGCCGACUGUUGAACGAUCCCCGGAGAUUGUGGAGUUGCACACAAGUCUCGUUUGCACAAGUGCGAUGCAAGAUCAAGAGAAACUGAAGAAGGCGUUUGCCAGAGCAAGAGGAGAUAACUCUUACCGUUCAUCCAGCUCUAGCCCACGUUCCGCCGAAGACAUGCAGGAAGACGAUAAGCCACUGGAUGGCGGAGAAGUCAAGAUCUGCCCUGGUUGUAUUCAGCGUGAGCGGAAGCGUGCGUUCAGGAAAAAGCAAAGAAAGCCGGAAGAAGACGAACUCUUCCAGAAGGACGAGGAGAAAAGGGUAAUCGUCUUCAACACCAACGAAGUCAAGGAAUGGGCCGAGCCAUCGAAGAAUGCCAUGCCAAGCUUUGGCGACGCUCCCAUGCCUAAUAUUCCUCCAGGGGCCAUGCAAGUGGAGUUACCAAUGCGUAUCGCAUGCUACUGUAGGCAUCAGAAUGAGAAGCUUGGGUUUCAAGUCAUUUUCACUGUCAAGGAUUAUAAAGAUAAUGUUGUCGCUCAGGCAAUAACAAAUUCUAUCAUGAUUACCGACGACCACAAAACCCAUGCGCCUCCCGCUCCACCAGCUCCUGGUCCAUCUCCUUCUCUACCGGACGGGACACAGCUUCCGGGCGUUGGCGUGUUCCCAUCGAGCCCCAGUGUUGAUACAGGCAAAUCAUCCGCUCCGUCGCAACAAGCAGCUCAGUCAUCUUCAGCUACCGAUCUGCAGGGUAGCGUGUCCAGCUCCUCAGCCCCUAACAACGAUCCACCUUUCCCUAGCACUCGCGGGUUCGCAUCCCCCGCGGAGAGGCCCUUCGUCACUGCUUCUGCCAUAUCUAAUCAGUUCCCUAACGGACCGCCGACUCCGAACGGCGCAGAUACCAAUCCCUUUCUUAACACCAUGCAACAACAGAGUUUGGACAACUUUAUACAGCAGCAAUUGAUGUCUGCACCGAACUCCGCCCAACCAAGCCGUCCUGGGACCCCUGGGGGUUCGCGCAACAAUUUCCAGGAUCCAAGUUACAACAUCUCCUUGGGACCCAACACGUCCACACCGAUGUGGCCACCACUUACCAAUGCGGGGAACCGGUUACCCUCAGUCAUUCACAAGUUGGUACCUGCAGAAGGCUCUAUUACGGGAGGCACGGAGGUUACCUUGCUUGGAAGCGGCUUCUACCCCGGGAUGGAAGUUGUUUUUGGUGACACUCUAGCCACUACUACCACGUUCUGGGGUGAUAAGUGUCUCAAUUGCCUGACACCUCCUGCACUUCAGCCCGGGCUUGUGGCGGUGGUUUUCAAGCAUGAACAUCCCACCUUCGGUCAAAUGCAGCCAGCUCAACCUCUGAUGCCGAAGCAACAGCAGUUCUUCCGUUAUGUCGAUGAUCGCGAGCUGCAGAUGUAUCGCCUUGCUCUUGGUAUUCUUGGACAGAAACUCGGCAGUCAAGCAGAUGCAUUCCAGACGGCUCAGCAGAUUAUGGGCAGUGACAUGAAGGGUGUCUUCAAUCUACAAAAGGACUUCCCGGGAGGCUCUGGCGGUGGUCACCAGCGGCAGGUGGCUGGGCUGGAGUCGCAAGUCUCACUUGGUGACCUUGACGGUAGAAUAUGGAAGUACCUUGAAUUCGUCGAUCUUGAUGACAGCCCGCGCCCACCCAGGUACAAUUCGCGCUCUGCGACAGGUCAGACACUGCUCCACUUUGCCGCCUCCUUAGGCCUGACACGGUUCGUGGCUGGUCUGCUUGCGCGAGGUGCCAAUCCUGACCUGCAGGAUAAUACCGGGAACACGCCAAUGCACUUUGCGGCUCUGAACGGUCAUGCGCAUAUUGUCAACAGGCUCCGUCUUGCCGGUGCCAACCCUAAUGCCCGUAGCAUCAGGGGAUUCACUCCAGCAGAUCUCGCUACGACGUUGCCUGCUCACCAGGCGGCCUUGAUACCUGCACGUCAUUACCGCUCACGUAGUGUUGGAUCACUUUCCUCUUCGCGUCGCAGGCACAGCAGUUCCGCAUCGUUACAUUCCCUUUGGGACUCUUCAUCAGUGUCAGGCUCGUUUGACCAUGCUGUUGAAGACUCUGAAGACUCGGAAGACGACGACGAUGUAAUUGAUUAUAGCGCCUCCCGCCGGUCGAGUAUGCAUCACGAGCGACCAGUGUCGAUUCCUGGACCUGAGCAGCCAGCAGAGUCAGAUGAUGCCCGACCGUUUUCGCCUCCGGCCGCCCUUGUUGCUUGGCGUAACCAACUGCAGGCCCAAAUCAACCAGUUCCAGCAAAGUGUGGCCAAUGCUUUCCCCAAUUUGCCUGCGUUGCCGCCUAUGCCCGCACUGCCUGACUACCAAGCCCAUCCGAUGAUGCGUCGGAUCACCAAUUUGGUUCCUCACCGACCCAGCACCUCGCGGUCUGCCAAAGAUGGCUGGUGGGAUAUGCUGACGGGCAAUUCCGCCCCUACUGGUACAGAGCUCCCCUCCUAUGAGGAACUCUACCCGCACAAAGAGAACGAAGAUGAUGGGCAAGCAGCGCGUUUGAAGAAGUCGAGUAUGCUCCAAGCGGCGACGGAGGCAGCUCUCGAUCAGCAUUUCGAAGCGCAGGCCAGCACAUCGGAGGUCGUCCGGGCCAAGCCAGAAAACGAAGAUAUAAAAGACAUCCGGAUUGGCCGGAAGGUGAUAUCUCGUGAACAGCAGAAGCACCUUCGGGAGCAGCAAGCGCGGCGAAUGAAGGGUCUUGGUAGCGAUCGGAAUCUGUACUUCAUCUGGAUUCCGCUCCUUCUGCUGGUAAUCUGCGCUUGGAUUCGGAGUUAUGUCCCAGGCAUCUGGGAAGGCUUCACUAGCGGCUAUGAAUUCGUCAAGGCCCAAUAUGCGCAGCGCGUUUUAGAAGUUGGCCAUUGA